CAACUGCCUAUUGUUGUUUUGUUUAACUGACUUAUGUAGCUUACAAUUUCCAAUUGGCAGUGUGCUGUGAGUUUCAGUUCAGAGACCAUUCCAAAUGGCAUUGGGUUUGGAGGGUGAGUUAAUCACUUUGGCCAUGUUCCUCUCAGCAGGCUUUGAUCAGGGACACACUUUCUCUUGCACAACAUUCAACAGCCCUUGCCUUUCAAAGAACAGUAAAAUCUGCCCAGAAGUGAUAGAAUGCUGGGGAGUCGUAAGGAAAUAAAACAAGGAGAAAGACAAGAUGCUCUCAAAGGUGCUGUGUUAGAAAGGUUUAAGGAGGACCGGAAUAUGCUCAAUAUGGUAGGGAUUGCAAAUGCUAGUGAGUAAAUGUGUUCAUCUUUGGCCUGCACCUUCGGAUGGGGCUUCAACAUUCAGAUCAGUGCUUAAGACUCAUUUUCAUCUUUUUUGCGAGUUUGAAUGCAACAACUUCAGCGGUAACACUCAAAGCUUCAAAAUCAAAUCUAAAGAAAACAGAUAUCUUAAUAUAUCCUUCGCACUUUGGACCUAUUCUUUACAGCAUUUGUGCUUUGGCUGUCUUUUGCUUUGCAGCAUAUCGUAAAAUGUCUAACUCUUCAGCACCUCCUUCACCAGAAUCACCACAGCUUCUCCUUUAGACUUUGCUGGAGGUUCUGCAAUAUCAAGGUUACAUCUAACGUGGACGUCAUCUUUCAAAGAGCUGGCAUUUCUAACAACUACGUGCUUUUGCUUAUUUUUAAUCUUCUACAGCUCCCCGGAGCUUAGGACUUGGCUACUUGGUCAUCAAAGUAAUUGAUGCAGUUUACUGGGUACUCUGUUAGUCCACAGUGGCAUUGUCUCAAAAA